AUGAAUAAUCUUCCACAGAUUUUAAUUGAUCCAAUUAUUAAUGAAAAGGAUAUAUUAGAGACAAUAAGUGAACCAACUGAAGAUUGUAAAUCAUUAACUGUACCACUUUCGAAAUUUUAUAUUAACAAUGACAAUGAUAAUAAUAAUAACAAUAAUAAUAUUGACAAUAAUGGUAAUUGUAAUAACAACACAAAUUACAAUCAAAAUGAUGGACAUAUGAAUUAUAAUAAUCAUUUAAAUAAUAUUAUUGAUCAUUCUAAUAAUUUAGGACAAACUAUAUUUGGAAAAAUAUAUAUAAGAUCUGUGAAUUCAUCAAAUUCAUCAGAUAAAUAUAAUCAACUUGUUUGGGUACAAAUUUAUCAGAAAUCAUCAUCAAUUUCAUCAAAACUGAAUACACAUAAUAUAGAUAUUCCAACUUUUGUAUUAUUAUUAAAAACAAGAAUAAAUCCACAUAAUUCUGAAUAUACACCAGAUUAUUAUUCACCACCUUAUAUGACAUUUAAUUUAAAACAUACACGUUCAAGUCCAAUAGAUGAGAAACAUUUUCAUAUUUAUACAAGAUGUGGAGAAGGUAUAACACUUGAAGGUGAAAUAGCUGAUGAACAUUCUGUAUCUUACUGGUUAUCGAUUUUUAAUCAAAAUACAUUAAUUCCUAAUCAUAUGGAAUUUAUUCGUACAAAUGAAAUAAAAAUACGUUCGGCUCCUAAUUCACCUAGACAUAUAAGACGACGAAAUAAUAUUACUACUGAUAUUAAUAAUAAACACUGUUUCAUUGGUAAUCCAACAAAUUGUAGUACACAUUCAAUUUCUCGUAUGUGUAUAUUUGAAACACUUAAUGAAACACAAGAAUUAGAAAGUGGAGUAUGA